AUGGCAACUCUGACUACCAACACCGGUGAAGAAACCCCUGGCCGGAUCUUCAUCAAAGAUCUUCCCGAGGGGCAUGCAGACUAUGAUUCGUGGAGAUACAGCUUGUGCGCACAGGUGUUGCGCGCGUUUCCUGAUCCGGCUCUUGCAUUGUCAUAUUUGCGUGAGUUGGAAGAUGAAAACGUAGCAUUCGCAGACUUGCCUACCAUGUUGGAUCCUGGCAUGAACCGAGUAGAUGUCAGCCUAUUUGCAGCCAUUGUUGGCGCAUUUCAAAAAGGCAUCAAGGCCGCAGAGCAAUUGAAAACCAUACAAGCGCGAGCUGCUUUCGGAUGUGGCAGGCAAGCAUUGCGAGUGUUGGACGAACGACACAAGCAUGAAUCUACACACUUGGCUACGAAGGCCAAUUCUGAGAUUCAGAAGCUGACAUGUGCGGGUCUGGAGGAUUUGGGGCAUUUCAUGGCAUCUUUCAGAUUGUAUCGUCAUCAGAUGGGUACCGGGGAGCACAAGCUGACAAACGCCACGGGCAUAUCAUUGCUCAAAGACAAGCUUCGUGGACUUAAUGAGUUGAAGGCCACGUUUGCAUUGUGGGCGGCUGGCUCAUCCACGGACCUGAACGGUCUGAUGCAGGCCAUCGAAAGCAUUCAAGCAGAGUACUUGGAUGAGAUUCAGAAACGGAACAACCGAAAGGCUGAAAGGGCAGCCGCAGCCGCUGCGCGCGGUACUGCUGCCGCAGCAAAGGGGCCUGGGAAAGGCAAGAAAGGCAAGGACGGAAAGACUAAAGCGAAAGUCACGUGCGGCUUCUGUGGCAAGCCCAAUCACGAUGCAUCGCAGUGCUGGAACAAUCCGCAGUCGGCAUCCUACCGCCCGCAGUUCGCGCAGAAAACCGGGACUCAUGGAGCACCAGCGGUUCCUCUAGGGUUGAGUGCUGCCAGCUCUGCAUCUUCAGGACAACCAACAGCUGCAUCAGCACAGGAUGCUCUUGCCAAGGCUUUUCAAGAUUUCUUGGCAAAGAAGUUUGCAGGAGCAGCUGUUGACAUGCCGGCAGAGCUCGCAAGUGCAUGUGCGCAGCUCGCAUCAAGGGCAUGGGCGCUGGAUUCUGGAGCAUCGCGGUUUGUUGUUAACGCACAGAACUCUGAGGACCAGCAUUGGAACACAUUGCGAGCUUGCAAGUCUGAGGUUGAAGGCCUAACCGGUGUAGCGCAGAGUAAUUCCACAGUUGAUGUCGAAGUGCUGCAUCUUGGACGACGCAAUGCCUUGGUGAUGGACAACUCGGUCAACAUGGCUUGCAUGGGCGAAGCAUGUGAGGACAUGGGCUUUCAUUUCUAUUGGCCUGCUUACGCGAGCAAACCUCACUUUUGGAAGGAUGGCGAACCAGAGAUUCCGCUGGUUGUGCAUAGUCGUGUGCCUUUCUUGUGCAAUGGUGCUGACGUGGAUGCUUUCUAUGCAAGCGUGGCUAAGGAGCUGGGCCCAAGCCUGACUGAGACGUUGACGCCUGAAUUCCUGAAAAGCUUGACCGACGAGUUCUUUCAGACACUCUUUGAUGAGUUCACGAGUCAAGCCCAGCUUGGCGAACUUGAACCCCUUGCAUGCGCUACAACUGCUGCCAGUGCGAAGUCCAAAGUUGAACAUCACUGCUUGACUGAUUUGCCUGCGGACCCUAAUUGUCCUAUCUGUGUGCAAGCCAAAAUCACGAGGAAACCAGCGGCUCGUAAGCAUGAAGAUGCUAAGGAGGUUGCUGUGAAGUUUGGUGAGCGCAUACAUUGUGACUUGGUUGGUCCCACCAAGGCCAGCUUGAACGGAGAAGUGUAUGCUAUUGUCACGCGUGACGAGGCAACCGGUUAUCCCAGCGUGCGCCCACUGCGUUCCAAAACGGCGGUGGAGACAGCAGCAGCUUGGAAUGACAUGUACGGUGGUCUAAACCCACCUGUGCUCUGUUGUCGCACCGACAGUGGGGGCGAAUUUGAUGCGGAGUUUGAUGAGCAGUUGAAACAGCAGCGCACCCGACAUGAACGCAGUCUGCCAAACAGGCCGCAAACCAAUGCGCGUGCAGAACGCUUUCAUCGGACUCUUGCUGAAGGCAUGCGCUCGCUUAUGUUGAUGAGUGGACUGCCGUAUGUGUUUUGGGCGUUCUGUUUGGCAGCCUUUGUGUACCUAUAUGCCAGAUCUCCUACCGCUGAUGGUGGCCCAUCUCCGUUUGAGCGUCGGUUUGACAGAGUGUAUGACGUCAGCCGGCGUCAGCCUUUUGGUUCGGCAUGUUUCUUCCUUGAGGAGACAUCGUUGCAGAAGUUUGAGCCGCGGGGUCGACUAGGUGUGGUUUUAGGAUACGGUCGGUUAGAGUCCUAUGUCGUGCUUGACGAUGAGCACUACGUGCAGUCAAAAGGCGAAGCACGCACUGUGAAAACUCGUGAUGUGCGGUUCAUGCCUGACUUGUGUUUCCCUUUCCUUGAGCUGCGUGAGCAACAUCCGGAUUCCAUGCACUGGCUUGCUCGCAUGUUUGAGUUGGCGUGCUUGUCCCGCAACCGUCGUGCCAAGCAUGAUCAAUCACCCGGUUGCUUGCGGGCUCGGUGCUUUGGUCAUGCCAGCUUGGAUGAGUUCGAUGAUUCUUCCAUGUUGUCGCCGGAGGGGCCGUCGCCGCCUCCACCGCCCCAUGAUGCACGGGAUCACGAUAUUGAUGUCGAUGAUGUGUCUUUGUCGCCGCCUCCGGAUGAUGGGCCCGAUGACGGGCCGAGUGACGGAGGUGAUGAUCGUGGCGACGUUGUUUCUUCCAACGGUCUCGUGCCUUCGCCGACGCAUCCUUUCGGGCCAGGUUUCGACCCUUCCAUACAUGAAUCUGGUGAGGCGCCGCCCCGGUUGGACACCAGUGCACCUACCACGCCGGAUGAACAACGUGGCCUCGUGCGUGAGCGGAGCCGCCAAACGACCCCAUCUGAUGCCCCCGCGCAUAAAUACAUCACUCUUCCACGGGAGGAGCGUGGGGGCGACGACAGUGUCCAUCCACAUGAACAUGAGGUUCCGCAUGAGGUUCCAGAGCCCAUUCCGGAUGAAGUGGAUGCAAACCCUCCUCCCGGCUCAGAGUCCGUGUUGCCGUCAUCGUUUGGUGAGGGUUCUUCUUCCCGCACAGAGCUUCGUCCAGACUCAUCUGACGGGCAAGCGGCGUCAUCAGGUGAAUAUGCUGCGGCUUCAUCUGCCAUGAGUGCUUGCAGAGCGUUUGGCCUUGUGACAAAGAACAUUGAACCAUGGGAUCCUUUGUAUGAUUGUCCUGCAGCUAACAAAGCCAAGCAGGGUGAAAUCAAAAAUCUCGCGUCGAAUGAUGUUUUGGACAUGGCAUCGUUGACUGAGUGGGAUGCUGUUCGUGCAAGGGACCCAUCGGCUGAAAUGGUUGGUGGAAAAAUGCUGAUAGGCAUUAAGGACUACGAAGAGCUCGGAGAGUCCAGCCUAGAUGAUGCAAAUUGGAAGGCCAGACUUGUGUGCACCGGGAACUUCAUUCGUAAUGCUGCCGGGUAUGUUGUGUGGUCGGUUGACAGCAUGUAUGCGGCGCCAGUUGAUCUUCACAAUGCUCGACUUGUCGUAUGCUUCGGUGCCAAGCGUGGCUGCGUAUUGCAAGCGGACGUGAAAUCCGCUUAUUUGCAAGCUGUGCUAGGCAGCAAUGCCACAUGGUUGAAAAUCCCGAAGUCUUUGAUGCAUCUCUUCCCCCAGCGUGCACGAUCCAUGCGGGAACCCGUUGUGCGUUUGAUACGUGCUCUUUACGGGCACCCGCGCGCUGGAUCGGAUUGGGAUGCCCAUCUUCGUUCACAGUUGCUGAAGCAUGGCUGGCAGCCGAUUGCCAAUCAGAAGGGUUUGUCGCUGUCGCCAGACAAAACUUGCAUCAUGGCCGUGUAUGUAGACGAUGUACUUCUUGGGGGCGCGCCCGAACAAGCAACCAAGCACAUGCAUAGCCUAAUGAUGGGUUUAGUUAACAUGGGAAAGGUUCAGAACAUAGAUCGGUUUUUAGGGACCUCGUACCGCUUAAACUUUGCUUCGCAUCAGAAUGUGAUCGUCACCGUUGCCCAGCCCGCAUAUGCAGCGAUGCUGUUACAGCGUUACAAAACGGCACGCGCCAUCAAAGGUCCCCUGAGAAGGGUUGACACACCCAUGACGGAUGAGGAUGUUGAAUCCGAGUACGGUCACCUGCCUUCUAAGCAGACCGACGCGGCUGUACAUUUAGGUGGGUUGCUUUUCUUAGCUAGGUCUUCACGCCCCGAUAUGAUGUUUGCUACGGGUUUCUUAGGCCGAUAUGCUUCAAAAUGGUCGCUUGCAGCUGAAAAGCGCAUGAGGCGUUUGUUUGAGUACUUGGAGUCCACUGUGAAUUAUGGCAUUCUCUGGAGACUUCGUCGUUCCAACCUUUCUGACAUGAUGAAGAAGGUGUUGGUUGAUGCCGAUCAUGGGGGAUGUUUGGACACAGCCCGCAGCACCUCAGGAUGGAACGUGUACUUAUCCAGUGCCGAUGGCUCGACACAUGCAUUGAUUGAUUGGGCAUCCCGCCGCCAGCAGUCCACAGCAAAAUCGACUGGCGAGGCCGAGACGGUCGCCGGUGCAGAAUGUUUGCAAAGCUUUCUGCCCAUUUUGGAUGUGGUAGAAACGGUUGUGGGCAGUCCAGUGCCAUGUGCGCUCCUCACAGAUUCUGAUGCUGCACGUGCUGCAAUGAAAGACGGCUACAGCCGUAAAAUGAGAUAUCUCAAGAAGACCCAACGCAUUUGUCUGGGGUUCAUCGGCGAUGCAGCUUGCACUGUAGAACGUGUAGACACAGAUGACAACGAUGCUGAUUUGCAUACAAAGCCGCUGGCACGACAAGCCUUUCACAAGUUCCGUUCGCAAAUGGGCGUCUGUGACGUCUCAUGUGCAUGA